AUGAAAUACACAAAUUUUUUUUGUUUUUUAUUUGUUCUAUUUUUGUUUCAAUUUAGUAAAAGUCAAAAAUUGGUUGAUUUUGAGUAUGAUAUUUUGGUUAAUUUGACCCUUAAUACUGGACAAUCAAGUUUAUUUCCAAUUGACUCUUCACUCAACUAUAUUGAUUUUUGUAACACAACAAGUUUUACCUGUUUUACUGAUUCAACUUCUGGUGAAAAUAUUUUAUUAAAUAUCAAUUAUGAGAAUACAGUUAAUAGUGCUUAUAUAUUAACUGGUAGUGAUUUAAAAAAUCUUUUAAAACUUUCUGAAGUAACAUUAAAAGGUUUCUCUGUUGAUAAUAAUUUUGUAUCAGAAAUAUGUGUGGUUUCGUUUCAGUUAACUUUGAAUGAUUGUAAAUUAUUAGGAUUAUCUGGUUUAAUAUCAAAUAGAGUUGUUAUCAAUCAAGAAACUAUUCCUUUGACUUUAACUUUAGACCUUUCCCAGUUUACUUCAUUAACAUUGUUUUCUCUUUUAGAAAAAGAUAAUACUAAUUUAUUAAAUAUUGGGGUAAAUAAUGAUCUUUUAUCUACAAACUCUGAAGUUAUUGAACUAUUUUAUGUUACUGUAAAUAAUAUACCAGACUUAACUAACUUUCAUGUUGAUGGUUUGACUCUAUCAAUAAAUAGUUUUUUUUCUCAAACUCCUAACUAUAAUAAUUUAAAUACAUUCAUAUAUGUUAAUUACUUUUCUUUACUAUGUAAUGGAAAUAAUUUACAAUUUGCUCCUUUAAAUCAAAUUAAAAAUUCAAAUACUUAUGGAAUUUCGUUAAUUUCAUGUAAUUUUGAUUUUAUACCAACUAAUUACUCUUUCUCUGGUUUAACUAAUUUACAAGUAAUUGAAAUCCAUGAUAGUUACCAAAAAUUUAUAAAUAAUUCUAAAAAUGAUUUAAAACCUUUCAACUUUCAAAGAUCAGUAUCAGGAUUUAUUUAUGUUGAUGGUGAAUUACCAAAUUUUAAUAAUUUAAAUGAAUUUGAUCAAUUUAAUUCAGUUGUUUUAAUAAAUAAUAGUAUUAAUACAAAUUUACCAUCAUUUAACCCUUUCAAAACAAAUAUUCAAUCUUUAACAAUUAAUUAUAAUGGUAUAACAGGUACAAUUGGUGAAGAAUAUUGUGGAGUUUAUUUAAAUGUUAGUUAUAAUUUAUUAAGUGGUAAAAUUCCAAAUUGUUUUAAAUGUUCAUGGCCAAGUAUUCAUUAUAAUUUUAAUGGAAAUCCAGGAUUAACAAAUUUUAAUGAUGAUGAAGAAUGUUAUUCAAUGGUACCAAAUAUAUAUUUAAAUAAAGAUGAAGGUUAUUUAUAUAUUUUUGGAACGUCACUAGGAUUUGAUAGUUUUCCAUUCCUAAUUCCACAAAGUUCAAAAAAUUUUUUCAUUUGUAAUUUAUUAAUUCCAAAUUUGUUAUUUAGUUGUGAAUAUGAUCCAACUGAACCAUAUCCAAAAAUUUUAUCACUUGAACAUUAUAGUGGUAAAUAUAAUUUUACAUUCCCAGUUGAUCCAACACCACCAUUAGUUACAAUUGUAAAUUCAAAUGUAAAUUCAAAUUCUAAUAUUUCAUAUUCAUUUUCUGGUUCAAAUUUUGGUUAUAAUUAUUCAAUAACAAAUAUUGAAAUUAAUAAUGAAAAAUGUAAUUUUUAUAAAAAUAUUGAUAUUUCUUAUUCAAGAAUGAAUUGUACAAUAAUAUCAAAUAAUUUGAAUAAUCAAUUAAUUAAAAAUUAUCAACAAUUAAAAUAUCCAAAUUUGCCAUUAAAUUAUAUUAAAGUUUCAAUUACAAUUAAUGGAUUAAAUCAAAAUUUUACAAUUCGUAAUGAUUUAUUAAUUAAUCCAGUAAUUUCAUGUGGUACAUGUCCAGGAUAUUGUGAUUAUCAAAUUGGUGUUUGUCAAAGUUAUUGUCCUGAACCAAGUUGUUCUGGUAGAGGCACUUGUGAUGAACCAAAUGGAUGGUGUAUUUGUAAUGUUGAAUAUAGUGGUCAAAAUUGUACUCUAGCAAAUCAAUAUGCGUCAUCAUUUAUAACUGCACCAGCAUCAGGUGGUAAUGUUACAAUUGGUGGUUGGUUUGGUGAUAUUAAUGAUAAUUUAAUGGUAUUAAUUUCAAAUCAACAAUGUAAUGUUUCAUCAAUUACUAAUAAUACAAUUAUAUGUUUAAUUGGUCAAUUAAAACCAGGUAUAAUUGAUGUUACAAUUAUUCAAAAUAAUAUUACAUGGGUUGGACCAAAAUCAUAUAUUUUAAAUCCAGAAAUUUUAAAAUGUUUAAAUGGUUGUACAAAUAAAACCAAUGGUAUUUGUGAUACAACAACUGGUUCAUGUAAUUGUAAUUCUGGUUGGUAUGGUAAUGAUUGUAGUUCACCAUUUAAUCCAAAUAGUAAUAAUAAUAAUGGUGGUGGUAGUCAAAUACCACCAACAAGUACAACUGUUAAUAAUAAUAAUGGUACAACAUCAAUUGUUAAUGAUAAAACAAAUUAUCAAAUUUCAAUACCACAAUUAUUAGAAAUGGAUAUAAAUGGUAAAACAAUUCGUUCAUUUUCAUUAUUGAAAAAUUGGAAUUAUAAUCAAAGUUCAAGUAAUGUUUAUAUAUUCAAUCAAAUUAUUACACCAACUGGAUCAAGUACAUCAUUCACAGUUUCUUAUAUGAUUGAAGAGAUUCAAAAUGAAAAGAAUUAUACAUUUGCUGGUUAUAAUUUUAAUUUAGAUAAAGGUUCAGUUAAAAUUUCAUUAUCAAUUCAAAAUUAUCCAUAUUUAUCAUCAAUUAAUAAUUUACAAAUCCAAUUUGAAUCAUCGGUUUCAUUAAAUGAUGAAAAAGAUUUUAAUACAAAAGAUUCAACAAUUAAUAAUACAGGAGAUGAUGAUGAUCAAAUGGAAUUAUUAAAUUUUAUUAAUAUUCAAAAAGAUUCAAAAACUCUUCAAGCUAGAUUUUUAAAUAGAAUUUUAUCUGAUGGUAAACCAACAACAAUUACAUCUGAAAUUGUUUCAAAAAAUUUAAAUUCAAUUAUAAUUGGUUUAAAUUUACCACAUUGUAAUAAUUGUAUUAUUGAUCCUGAUUUUUCAGUUUUAAUUAAUUCAGAUUUCCAAACUUCAUGUGAUGAUGAUGAUGGUAAAAGAGCAUCAUAUGUUAUUCCAGUUGCAGUUGUUUCAAGUGUUGUUGGUGUUUGUAUUAUUGAAUAUAAUUUAUUUAAAACACUUUCAAGUAGAGGUGUUCAUUAA